GAAGGCCCUAAGUUAAUGAGGCGUGUGCCGGCCCGCGAGCGCGUCUCGGAGCUGGGCUUUCCCUGGCGGUGCGGGCGCCAGGAGCCGCCUUUUCCGCUGGGUGUCACUCGGGGGUGGGGAGGGUGGCCCAUUGAAAAGCGCCGCGAGGGGACCCGGCCGGUGCCCUUCAGUGAGCGCUCGGUGGAGGAAGGUACCGAGCAGCUAGCUCGCGGCUCCGGGACCUGGUGGCGCAUCCGGACACGGCUGCCCCUCUGCCGGGACCCCGAGCCGUCGCCGCUCUGCCUGCUGCGAGUCAGCCUUCUCUGCGCGCUCCGGGCGGGCGUCCGCGGGAGCCGCUGGGGAGAGGACGGCGCGCGGCUGCUGCUGUUGCCCCCAGCCCGGGCUGCUGGAAGCGGAGAGGCCGAGCCCAGCGGCAGUGCCCCUUAUGCCGGAAGGAUGCUGGAGAGUAGCGGUUGCAAGGCGCUGAAGGAAGGCGUUCUGGAGAAGCGCAGCGACGGGUUGCUGCAGCUGUGGAAGAAAAAGUGCUGCAUCCUCACCGAGGAAGGGCUGCUGCUCAUCCCGCCCAAGCAGUUGCAACACCAGCAGCAACAGCAACAGCCUGGGCAGGGGACAGCUGAACCGUCCCAACCCAGCGGCCCCGCUGUCGCUGGCCUUGAGCCACCAGUCAAGCUCAAGGAAUUGCACUUUUCCAACAUGAAGACCGUGGACUGCGUGGAACGCAAGGGCAAGUAUAUGUACUUCACCGUGGUGAUGGCGGAGGGCAAAGAGAUCGACUUUCGGUGCCCCCAGGACCAGGGCUGGAACGCAGAGAUCACGUUGCAGAUGGUGCAGUACAAAAAUCGUCAGGCCAUCCUGGCGGUCAAGUCUACGCGGCAGAAGCAGCAGCACCUGGUCCAGCAGCAGCAGCCUCCGCAGCCCCAGCCCCAGCCUCAACCCCAGCCCCUGCCCCAGUCUCAGCCUCAGUCGCAGAUCCCGCCCCAGCCCCAGCCCCAGCCCCAGCCCCAGCUCCAGUCCCAGCCUCAGGCUCAACUCCAACCCAAGUCUCAGCCCCAGCAGCUCCACCCCUACUCGCAUGCUCAUCCUCAUCCUCAUCCGCACCCACACCCGCACCCACACUCUCACCCUCAUCCGCACCAACUACCGCACGCGCACCAGCCAUCGCACUCGCAGCAGCAUACUCAGCCUCACGGCCACCGGCUUCUCCGCAGCACCUCCAACUCUGCCUGAAGAGGGCAGCACCCGGGCCAGACAAGGUUUUGAGAACUUGAGGAAGUUGAGAGCAUUUCUGUUUUCCUCACUUGGAUCAAAACAGUCUCUCCACCCUGAACAAGUAGUUUGGACAUCACCCGGCUGAUAACUUGCGAUUCCUCUUAGUUUUCUGCGUCUUCUUCAUCACCGUGCAGGAAGCGAUUUUUGAGUCAAGAAGACUUUAUUUAUGAACCUUUGAAAGGAUCUAAUAUAGCGGACCUUCUAGGAGCAAUUUAUGUACUGUAAUUUUAUUUUAAUGUAUUUUGGUUUAUGAUUAUUUAUUAGUUUUUUUUUAAUGCUGUUCUAAGACAUUUCUGAAUGUAGGCCAUUUUCCAAAAAAGAAGCUUUAUUUUCAGAAACCUAAGUAAGUUCUAAUCUUGGAAAAGAAAAAGAAAAGGGGUGGUGAAGGGGAAAACACAUUAAAAAAUCGAUUCCAUAUUCAUAGGGCAUUUCCAGAAAGUCUGACUCUCAUUGUUAAGCCAGGUGGUUGAAAUUAAACUGAUAUUUUUAAAUUUUUUUAGAUUUCUUUCUUAGAUACAUAGUAUGUACAGAAGUUUUUAAAAAGCUCAGAAUUGUAUAACUAAUGAAACUCAUGCUCAAGAGCAAGUUUUUCUAAAAGAAAAUCAGUAGUAGUGAUACUGGAUUUCAAAGCAUUUUAACUGUAAUCCAGCUGAUGACAGGAUACUGGGCCUUGAUUAUGGAACAAACUGGGUCUGUUGUGGGACGUUUAAUGAAUCCUUUUGGAACUGAGAGCAUGACUAAAGAGUGGCAGGCCCUGGGGUUCAAUCUCUAGCAUCCCCCCAAGGUCAUUUUGACUGAUAUAUGAAUAUGAAUGCAUUAGUUGUUUCUGUUUAAAAAUGUAGUGGAGGUGGGGAGGAUGAAUUUAUUUGAGAGUUGUUAUGCCCCAGUUCAGACCCCAGUACCCUUCCAGUUCAGACCCCAGUGCCAAGAGCUUUGCAUACUUGACUUGGACCACAUUUUCUUAGCCUUUAACUUUGUUUUAGAAGCACUCUGAAAAAAAUCUCAUAGUUGAAAAUAAUUUGUAAAUAUUUCGAAGGACUAUGAGUCAUAACCUUUUAAUUUUCAUAAUGAAAGUAAUAAGCAGAGAAAUCAGCUCUUUUCUCUUUAUUGCUCUGAGAGAAAUUUGAGUGUGACAUGUUUUGGUUAGGCUAAACUCAGAAAUGGAAGAAGGAAGGACUUAGAAUAAGCAGUAGAUUUUCAGUAAGAAAACAACCUAGGCUUGUUUGAGUGGCCGCUUGUUCAGGAGACUGAGAGGGGUGGGGGAAGAGGAUGUGCCUUUAAAGGUAGAACAAACCCUCUUCUGUGUUAAAAAUCCAAAGGAUGGUCAAAAUCCACAAGGGCAGGUGCUGCUUAACUGUAGAAGUCCCAGAUACCAAAUCCUCCUGGGACCGAAAAUCACUUCCUAUCUCUGUGGCUUUCCUGACAGGUCUGUGUUUACCAUUGUCCCUUUCAUCGUGUCUUGAUCAGUAUUUUUCCAGCAUCCAAAUUGAAAUGCCGUUUUCAAGAACUGACAUGUCUUUAUUCACCUUCUGUUCAGAAAGGAGAUUCAGUAAAACUUAAAUGAUGCAGUUUUGAAGUCAUAAUUUAGCCAAAAGUUACAGAAAAGAAUUAGAGCUUAAGCAAAUGACAAGAAAACCUAGGAGAAUUUCCACUUUCAGGACUAUUUAGUAUGCAGUUGUGAAAAUAUACUGCCAAGAUUUAAAAGAUAGUAUGUAUAUAUGACAGCUCAGAGAGCCAGAGUCAAACAUUUAAGUUUGAUUUGGUUUCCUUAGAACUAUUUUUCUGCCUCUGACUGAAUGCCCCAAAUAGUAUUGUAGUUUAUACAUGCAGGCAGGUCAUGGUAACCCCAGAUAACCUAUAGCUCUUUCCAACUGGAGGCUUUUUCUUCUAAAUUCAUGUAUUAUAAAAAAAUAAAAAUAAAACCUUUACCAAAUAACUUGAAACUGAAGAUUGAUGUAGGUUUUUAAGAGGCAUGUCUAUUAUUGGAUUACAUGCAGAGCUGGGUAAUAUCAUUGUUAAAAACAAUAUGCCCAGGCUCUGUCUUUGUUGCUAGAAUUUUUUUUUUUUUUUUACUUACAAUAGCCGUGGCCACCAGAAUCAUGGUUUCUUGUCUUUUCAUAGCCCUUAUUUCUGCUGUGAUGUUGUUGCUGUUGUUUGUUUUUGAGACAAGGUCUUCUUGUAGCCCCAGCAGGCCUGGAACUCACUAUGUACACCAGGCUGGCCUUGAGCUCACAGAGAUCCGCCUGCCACUGCCUUCUGAGUGCUGGGAUUAAAGGCAUGUUAUCCCAUGCUACCACGUCCAGUUUAAAAUUGUUUUAAUACUCUGAAAUUAGUUUAAUAUUUCUUCCAGAGGCUCCAGGUGGGGAGACCAAGUAUGUUCAACAAAACAAAAGACAGACAUACAUCAUUUCAUAUCUUGAUGGCUUGAUUCUGCCUAUAAGAAAAUAAUACAAAGAGCCUAAGGUGAUGUGAAGCCUGACAAAGCAGUUACAUGGAAAAGUGUAGAAAUACUUUUAGCCCAAGAAAAAGAACAAAAGGGCAGGUCUAAUUAAAAAACAAAUCCCUCUGAAACAAACCUGAAAUAUAAAAGCUGAAAAAUUAAAAGGGCCCAUCUUUAAACUGAAUUUUG